CCAUCUACCCAACUAGUCCUGAUUGCAUUCAAAGCUGGCCGGGUUGAUGUUUUUUACCUACCUGAUUCUUCACCUCUAAGACUGAAACUACAUGACCUAGUUGUCGUUGAGGCUGAUCGUGGUCGUGAUUUAGGGAAAAUUGUUAAAUUGGAUGUAUCCAUCGAUGAGGCUAGAUUGUUGAAUGUCAAUGGGACUCAACAGAUCCCAACAUUACAUUUCCCAAAACCUAUUGUUCGGUUUGCGUAUCCUACAGAAGUUUAUCAAAUUUCAAACAAGUUGAAUGAUGAAGAAAAGGCUAAAAAGAUAUGUUGUUUGAAAAUUGAAUCAUCAAGUUUGAAAAUGUUUAUAAUUGAUGCUGAGUAUCAAUGGGAUCGUCGGAAAUUAACUUUUUAUUAUAAUGCAUUACAUAGAAUUGAUUUUAGAGAUUUGGUUAGAGAGUUGUUCAGGAUUUAUAAAACAAGAAUAUGGAUGUGUGCAGUGGGUAAAGAUGUUAAU